AUGGACAAGAACGCGUCUCAGACAGACUGGAAUUCUAACGAUGAAUUCUUCAAAUUCACGCGUGGCCGCUUUAUUGUUGAUGAGGCAGAGAAUCUUCAAAAGCGAGAGGUCAGAUUCGAUAUGAAUAGCCUCGCAAGAGUCGCAGCAGACUCGGUCGGAGCUGCACGAUGCAUUGCCAUCAAGAAUUACCCUGACGGCAUGUUUAACAAAGCAUUCCUCAUGUCUAUGGACGAUGGGCAAGAAGUAAUAGCCAAGAUUCCUAAUCCAAAUGCUGGCGUUUUCCACACUUUACUACUGCUAGUGAAGUCGCUACGAUGGACCUUGUAA